GAAACAGGUGGCAACUAUUGAGUGGUAGGCUGCCAUCUGAUGCACCCAUAUAUGUAGGAGUCUUGCUCCAUUAUUCGGGAUGAAGAAAACAGAAUAAGAAAAAGAAGAAAUUCAUCUUCCUUCAGCUCUCUCUUUCACCUUUUAUCUCAUUCUAUUUCACUCAUCAUGGUAUCAGAGCCCUGAAAGAGAGAGCUGCAUUAAAAUCUUCCGAAAACUAGGGUUUCUCCUAUCCUGUAUCUUCAAUGGAAAGGAUGAACCCUCAAAACCCCUUGUACCUUCAUGGCUCAGAUGGGCCUAACACAGUAAGUAUUGGAAAACUCACUGGUGUGAGUAUGGAGAUAGCACUUUCCUCAAAAAGAAAACUUGGCUUUGUGAAGGGAAGUGUUGUGAAGGAACAAGCUGACACAGCGAAGCCUGAACUCUGGGAUACAUGCAACGACACUGUGAUAGGAUGGAUUAUGGGGUCUGUUUCAGACUCUAUCAAACAGACCAUCAUGUAUAUGCUCACAGCUAGGGAGAUCUGGAUGUAUCUGGAGAGCAGAUACUCUGUCUCAAAUGGCUCCCUUAAAUAUAAACUCAACAGAGAACUUUAUAGCUUCAAGCAAGGAGGUGCAAUCAUCAAUGAUUAUUAUACUGCCAUGACUGCAUGUGGGAGGAACUGGAGUCUUUAGACCAGUUGCCCACCAUUACUACUGUUGGAGAGGAUGUGACAAGAUUCUUAGAAGCUUUGGAAAAACAGAAGGAAGAGAAAAGAUUGUUUCAAUUUCUCAAUGGAGUGGAUGAAGUUUAUGGACCUCAAAGGAGUCAACUGCUCAUGAUGACAGCUCUUCCUUCAGUAGAGUUUGCUUGUAGUUCACUUCAACAAGAAGAGUCACAAAGAUGUGUGCUCAAUCCUAUGAAGGCUCCCUUGGAGUCCUCUGCCAUGUAUAGCAAGGGAGCAACUGACCCAGAGACAUGCUCAGCUUGUGGGGUUAAAGGACAUCCAAGGGAGAGAUGUUGGACAGUUAUAGGCUAUCCUAAAUGGCAUCUAAAACACAAAGCUCUUUAUAAAAGCAGGGAAGGAGGCACAGGUUCUAGUGUUGUCACUAGUGUUGGGUCUGGAAAAAACACUAACUCCAAUACUGGAUGGUUCAAAAAUAAAAAGUAUGGUUCUCAGAAGGUUGCUGCCAAUGCACAAGGAGGAAGCAGCCUAGGGGACAAUGGAGAAAUCACAGUCCAACAAUUGGAGCAUCUGCUGAGGAACCUGCAUAACAAACCUAGAUCAACCAUGGUAGGUUCAGACACUGAAGAUGAACUCGAUUCUAGCUUUGCUGGCUUCGCAACUGUUGGGAAUAGAUUGAAAAUAAAUCUACCUAACGGUAAUACCUCUGAUAUCACUCACUGUGGUGGUGUAAAGCUAAAAAAUGGACUAAACCUUAAGAAGGUUUUAGUAGUUCCUGAGUUUAAACAUAAUCUUCUGUCACUUAAUAAACUUUUGAGCUCUGAAGAUUGCAAGGUAGACUUCUAUGCAGGACAUUGUGUCAUAGUUGACAAUGUCACUCAAAAAGUAAAGGGAAUUGGAGAGUCAAGAAAUGGUCUAUACUAUCUGUUGAAUGAAGACAUAAAAUCAGUUGUGAGAAGUCUAAAACAUGCAGAGCGAAACUCAGGCAGAAGUGUAGGGUCAGCAAACACUAGUUCUGCAAAAAUCAGGCAUGGUUAUGUGGAAACAGAAAAGAUGAGUGAAACUUUGAUUUGGCACUUGAGAUUAGGACAUGCCCCUAUGAGCAAGCUGAAUCAAAUUGGAGUAUGGGAUAAAAAUGAUAUCAAUGUUGAAAGGAUGGCACAACAAAAUGGAAGAGCAGAAAGGAAGCAUAGAAAUGUGCUAGAAGUGGCUAGAUGCUUGAGGUUUCAAGCAGGCCUCCCUAAGCAUUUGGAUGCUUGGCCCUUGCUUAUAACCCUACAGUAAAUGCGGAUAAAUUCAAUCCUAGAGGGGUGCCUUGCAUAUUUCUAGGGUACCCUGCCUACCAGAAAGGAUACAGACUUUUAAAUCUGCUCACCAACCAGGUUUUUGUGUCCAGAGAUGUAGAGUGGUUUGAACAAGUUUAUCCUUACACUCUUGACAAAAAUCAAAUAACUCAUUUGAUUCCUCCAUCAAAUGAACAUACCAUACAGCCAGCCUCUAGCUGGGAAGACUCAUCCUCUGAAGAUGAAGAAGAGGAGGAAACAAAUCUCAAUCCAAACCAAACACCUAACCCCCCUACUCCACUUCAAACAGACUCACCCCUACAUACUCAAAAUAACCCAACCACACCACUACCUCUACGGAGAUCAAUAAGGCACUCUCAUCCCCUUCAAUGGAUGAGUGAUUACAUUACUCCUAUAACCAAUCUCACAUCUACAUCAAUAAACCCUCAGUUCAGUU